AUGAGGCGGAGGCGGGGGGGCGUGGCCGGGGCGCCGCUGUCCCCGCCGGCCGUGGGCGCGCGCGCGGCGGGAAAGGCGCCCAGGUUCGAAAGCGGCGCGCGGGGCGCGCGCGAGCCCCGGCCCGGGAUGGCGGAGGCCUUGAAUCAUUUAAAAAAAGACUACAGAGCAAGAUUCUGCCAUGGAGGAGGAAGUAAGAUUGAUGUACAGCCAGGUCAAAACGUACUGAAACUCAUAGAGGAUUGUUUUGAAAGUUGCAGCAGUGAUCUGACAAUAAACUCUCCAAAUACAACCCUUUGCUCAGCUCCUGUUGUCAAAAAUAGGAAGAGGACUUCAAUGCAGAGCCAAAGCCCAAAGGCAGGAUCAACCAACUCUGUGAAAAGAGCCUGUUAUUCUCCAGAAUCCUCAUCUACAUCACUGCUAAAACCAGUCAGCAGCAGAGGACAGUCAUGUAAAUCACCCUUGAAGCCUGCAAUACAUGAUUAUGUAGAUGUUACUAAAAAAACAGAGUCUCCUGUGUCUGAAAGCAAAAAAACUACAUUAGAAGAUGUUGAAGCGCUGUGCCGAAGUCCUGCCGUGUUUUUGGACCCUGAGGAUGAUCACGGGUCUGUUGGAUCACCUUUUCCUUUGGAGAAAGGGAAAAGUUCUCCGGUAGUUAAAUUAUGUCUUGAUGGUUGGAAUACACCUACUGCAGCAAAGAACUGUGGAGAAGUUGAAAAUUUGGAAGGACCUCAGACUGGGAGAGAUGAGCAGGUUGUUCUUGUGCAAGGAACAGAACCUGUUGCUACAUCUUCUGUGCAGAAAGAGAAGACUUUCUCUUCAGCUCUCUUAGCAGCUGUAGCAACAGGAACACUUUGACAGAGAUAUUCAGCCUCAAUAUCACCUCCAUCACCUCCUCCUAUGAAAGAUCAGGAUAUGGAAAUCGAAAAUGAAUGUGAAUUUUUAAUUGAUGACUCAGGUGGUGCAUCAUUUACUUCUUGGAUUUCAAUACCCAGUAAGAAAAGAAAAUCAAAAAAAGAUGGCUCUGCAACUCCUGUUUCUAAAUCUCAGCCCUCUGAACAGAAGAAGACACAGAGUAAGAAAGGCAAGAACAGGAAAGCACAGGUUGAAGCACUUACUAAACAGAAACUGAAUAAUCUGGAUGCUGGAGCCUUUGACAUCAAAAGAACGUCGAAACCGGAUCCAAUCUCUAACAGUGAAGGAAAUGUCCUUAAAUCUCAAAGUCAAAAGAGUACUCAUACAGGAAAGACUAAAAAGGACGCACUUAGGCAAGACUCUCCAAACCAGAAAAAGAACACAUCCUGGAAACCAGAAGCUGAAGAACUGAUAUUGUCAUGAUCUGGAUUGGAAACAGAAACAUCUGAUGCAGAAAAAUGUAAAACAAGGGUGCUGCCAAGUGAAGAUUUGCCUAUGCCCUCAUCUGGGCAUCAACAAGAGCAGACUGUGUCUUCAAAAAAGUCUCUCAAGUCUUCCAAGAAUCUGCAGUCAGCUUCAAAAGCUUCUCAGCAUUUAGAUAAGAGGAAACAAACUGCUAAGCAGAAACUUCCUAAGGUUAAAGUAGCUAAGAAAGUGGCAUUAAUUUCAAGGAAGGAGCUUAAAAAAUCUGUCCAGAAAAGCAGUAGUAAAAAACCUCAGUUGCAAAGAGAGAAGAGUUCUGACAGUGAACCUAGUGAAGAAGAGCAUGAAAGAGAGCCUGUAGAUUUGAAAGAUGUGUGUACCACACCCUUGCGUCAGAAAUUAGAGACUCCCGUUGUUGCCCGUAACCAAAAGAAACACAAACCAACAGAGUGCCGGUUUAUGCAGUGCUUUAUUCGGGGCCCCGGGAACCUGAGGACUAGCGUCCAAAGUCAGGAUUCCGAAGACCCUCAUUUUCAGUUCAGCUUUUAUACUCAAACAAGUUUACGUGCAGUUUCCACGGCAAAACAGUUACAGUUUCCACAGCAAACCAGGUGCAGUUACAAACAAGCUGUAACAAAUUACUAUAUCCUAGCCUUAGCCAUUCUACUACUAAAAUUUAAAUUGCUUUGCAACACCGUGAUUCAGAAAUUGGCUGUGUCUGAAAAGCCUAGAAAUGUGUUGCACACAUUGGAGUCACCUGGUGGUGCAAAUAACCAAUCUCCUGUGAAAGCACUACAACAUCCCAUGGACAGUGUGAAGAAUUCUGAAAAGAAGCAGUUGCCAGCCAAGUAUUCAGGGAAGAUACCCGGAAAGAUUCCUUGCAGAACCAAUAAAGCUGUUUCCUCAAACCCUGAGGACAUUGAGUCUCAAACAGAUUCUGACAGCUCUUCUGUACAGAACAUGGCAAGGAAAAAACAGAAGUUAUCAGAUGUAAAAAUGAAAAAUAACAAAAGAAAACGUAACAGGCAACAUGGACCACAAUAUUCCUUUGUGGCUGAGAAGGCUGUGAACUAUGAAAGUGGGCCUGUUCUAGAACAUUGCGAUAAAUUUGAUUCCAGCACUAAGUCUUGUGAACAGUAUGAUACAUCAUCAGAGACUUUUGAUGACUUGAAUUACAAAGUGAGAGAUCCAUUGUCAGACAACAUAGCAAGGCAUAAAAUAGUAAUGCCUUCCAACACACCUAACGUUCGUCGAACGAAAAGGAUACGGCUGAGACCUCUGGAAUAUUGGAGAGGCGAGCGCAUAAACUAUACUAUGAACUCUUCAGGGCUUGUGAUUAGUGGAUUAGUGCAUCCAGAAACACAAUCUCGCAGUAAGAAUAGACAGAGGAAGGAUCGUCACAAGCAGAAAGCCAACAAAACAAAUAGAAGAGAGAUACCUGCAAGUUUGGAUCACAACCUAGCUGAUACUUCUAAGCCAACCGUUGUACUGGACCCAGAAACAAAUGAGGAGGUAGUUCUAGAAUGUGUUAACACUGAAAGCAGUCACGCUUGCUCCUUCAAAGACGAAGCGGUAGAAAUAUACAAAAAUCUGAAUACAUCUGUUUUUGCAACUGGUAAAUUGAUUUUGAAACCACUUAAGGAAAAGGGACACCAGUUUGUCCACAUGGAUACAAUAGCUUUCCAUAUUAUCCGUGGCAAAAUUAUUGUUACAUUACAUAAGACAUCAUAUUAUCUGAGUACAGGAGACUCCUUCUAUGUUCCUCCAGACCAAAAGCAAGAAAUACAUUGUUGGAUACCUCUUCCCCAUAAUUUUACCUGCAAAUUGAAGAUCAUAUAAUGCAAAGGAAUUCUGAAGAACACUGAAGGUUUUCAUCUGACACUCCAGUUUUAGGGGCAGGUUGUUUCAUUGAUCUUAAAGAUCUUUCUUCUGUGUAAAUAGUAAAUACAUAGCUUGUUGCAAAUUAUUUUUUCCUUUGUAUCAAUAAAUAUUAAGUAAUGCAAAUCA